AUGAACCGAGUAUUUGGAAAGAAGAAAGCGACAGCUCCAGCACCAACUCUGGUCGACGCAUCUGUCGGCUUGGGCGGCCGCAUUGGUGGAAUGGACACCAAAAUCCAAGGCCUGGACGAUGAGCUCCGCCAGUACAAAGAAAAGAUCAAGAAGGCACGAACUCCAGCAGCCAAGAAGCAACUCCAAAAGCGUGCCAUGGAAGUGCUGAAGCGUAAGAAAAUGUACGAGCAACAGCGCGACAUGGCCUGUGGUCAACAAUUCAAUAUUGACCAAGCUCAAUUUGGAAUGGAGUCUGCCAAAGCCACUGUUCAAACUGUUGCUGCCAUGAAGAGCGCCAACCAUGAAAUGAAAAAGGUCAUGAAGAAGGACCUCAACAUUGACGCUGUGGAGGACCUUGCUGAUGACAUGGCUGAUAUGUUCUAUGAAUUCAAUGAAAUAAAUGAAGCCUUGGGCAACAACUAUGCAACACCAGAUUUGGAUGAGGCGGAUCUCGACGCAGAGCUGGAAAUGUUGGGUGAUGAGCUAGAAAUGGAGGAAUUGGAGGCUGAAACCACACCCAGCUACUUGCAAGCUCCCUUGCCAUCACAACCCACAGACGUACCUGGGAACAAACUACCAGCGAACGGGGAGUUGGUGGACGAGUUUGGGUUGCCUGCUGCUCCUGCACGAUGAGAAGUUUGACAAGAAAGAGCAACACGCCACAAGCUUCGGCGCAAUAUAUGGACCACCUCAAACAAAUGAUAAUAUUUUCGAUGUUCAAUUCAAAUCAAAUCCCCCUCUGAACAAUAACAAUACUGUAAUGGAAGAUAGUCUAAUCUGAUGCCUCCUGUCUACAGCU